AUGCGUAGUGUAUAUAAGGUAGUAAGUAGUGAGGUGGGUUUGGUCCCAAAAAGGAAAAAAGAGUAUGAUGGUGAAGUUGAACCAAAGGUGGUGUCCAUUAACCAUGAUAUGGAAGGAAUCUUGAGCAUGUGGCAGAAAGAAGAGAAAGAAGUUUUUGUUCAAGUUGAGUGGAGUGCACAGGGCAUUUUCUGGCCUCUAAGAACCUGCCAUCUGCACCUCUCUCUGCUUCGUUCCAGAUACUCCCCCUCUGCGCCUAACGCGUUUCCUUUGCUUUCACCUCAAACCCAUCGGUAUCUCUCUGUUCGAUCACCCUUUUCGAAACCCUUAAUUAAUGGGUUGCGUGUCAUUCCUUCUGAUGAUCUUAACUACCCGCUACCUGUUUGUGCAAAUGCAUGA